CCUCCGCGCGGCGUUUUACGGCAGUGUGUUCCGGCACCGUCGUGCGGCAGCCGACGACUAGCCAAUGGGAGCCGGCGCCCCUGUGGGAUACGCCGCAAAGCGCGGACGAGCGGCGGUGGGGCCGGCACGUGUGGGUGUUGUCACAAUGGAAGCCAAAAAUAAAAAGAAAUUUGUAGGGAAAGGUGGAAAAGUGCCUCGUGGGAAAGCACCACAUGGAAAAAGGAAAUUUAAGAAAGAUAAUGAUUCUGGUCCUCCAAAGAAAUUUCAUAACAAAGGAGAUGAGGAGGAAAAGCCUAAAUCCAUUUCCAAGAAAUCUGUGAAGGGAAACUUAAGACCUGGAAAAGCUAGUGUCAAACAAUUCAAGAAUAAACAGCAAUCAGAAAAAUUUGCGAAGAAGAGAAAACUCCAGAAUGGUGAAGAGAAAGGGCCAGAUUCUAAGAAGCCUAAAUGGAAUGAAUUCAAAAAGAAAAGGAAGGAAUUAAAGCAAAGCAGACAACUCAAUGACAAAAGCAAUUAUGACAUAAUUGUAAAAUCAAAGCAAAUAUGGGAAACUGUGAGAAGGAAGAAAUGUGAUAAGGAGAAGCGAGAAAAACUAAUGAAUGAGCUACAAAAGCUACUUCAUGGAAAAAUUAAAAGUCUGGCAUUUGCACAUGAUUCAACUAGAGUGAUCCAGUGCUUUAUUCAGUAUGGUAACGAGAAACAAAGGCAAGAGACAUUUGAAGAACUAAAAGAUAGCCUUGUAGAGUUGAGCAAGUCAAAAUAUUCUAGAAAUAUUGUGAAGAAGUUUCUUAUGUAUGGGACAAAACCACAAGUUGCAGAAAUAAUAAAAAGUUUUAAAGGCCAUGUGAGAAAAAUGCUCCGUCAUGCUGAAGCAUCUGCUGUAGUGGAAUAUGCAUAUAAUGACAAAGCCAUUUUGGAGCAAAGGAAUAUGCUAACAGAAGAACUAUAUGGAAACACUUUCCAGGUUUAUAAGACACCAGUUGACCCAACACUGGAUAAAGUGUUAGAAGCUCAGCCUGAAAAGAGGGAGGCCAUUCUGGAUGAAAUGAAACAAAUUCUUACACCAAUGGCACAAAAAGAGGCUGUGAUAAAACACUCACUGGUACAUAAAGUGUUUUUGGACUUUUUUGCUCAUGCUCUUCCAAAGCAAAGAUCUGAAAUGAUAGAAGCUAUCAGGGAAGCUGUCAUCUACCUGGCACACACUCAUGAUGGAGCCCGAGUAGCUAUGCACUGUUUAUGGCAUGGUACUCCCAAGGACAGAAAAGUCAUUGUGAAAACCAUGAAGACGUACAUUGAAAAAAUAGCAAUGGGUGAAUUCUCUCAUUUGGUCUUGUUGGCAGCAUUUGAUUGCAUCGAUGAUACUAAACUUGUGAAACAGUUAAUUAUAUCUGAAAUAAAUGCUUCCUUGCCUAGUAUAAUAAACAACAAACAUGGAAAAAAGGUCUUGUUGUACUUGCUAAGUCCUAGAGAUCCUGCACACUUUGUGCCAGAAAUCAUCACACUUCUGCAACAAGGAGAUGGAAAUGCCUAUAGUAAGAAAAAUACAGAACUCCGCCGCCGUGAACUCUUGGAAGCCAUUUCCUCACCUUUGCUAGAGUAUUUGCAAGAACAUACUCAAGAAGUAGUGAUGGACAAAAGUACCUUUGUCUUAGUUGCUAACAUCUUAGGAACGGCUCUUGGAGACAUACAGCCCACACUAGAUGCGAUCGCUAAUUUGGCAGCAGAAGAGCUGAUUCCAGGUGGCUGUGAUGGGCAGCUUCACAUUGCAGAGCAUCCAGCAGGCCAUCUAGUUUUGAAAUGGUUAAUAGAGCAAGAUGAAAAAAUGAGAGACAGUGGAAAAGAAGUUUGUUUUGGAAGAACUUUGGUGGGACGUGUUGGUAUUGAGAAUAUGAAGUCAUGGGCUGAAGUGAAUCGAGGUGCCAUUGUUCUUUGCUGCCUUCUCCGGAGCACUGAUCAAAAAGUGGCAAAUACAGUCAGAAAAGGACUGAGAAGUCUUGUCCCAAAGUUGAAGCAAAAUAAAAACGCAAAAGGCGUAGAAGCGUUACUAGAGAAAUUGACUUCCCAGUGUAAAUGAAGCUAAAGAGACCAAUUACAUCAGUGCAACCAACUGAGAGUUGCGUGCGGUGUCAGUCUAAAUGGGUGCUCUCAGAGAUUGAAAUUUCAAGGAGAUUUAAGAGCUUGUGGAAACUUCUGAACAGAUGUGACGGUGAAGUUACGAGUGAAGUGCAUCACUCCUCACUCAUCCGUGACAGCAUACAAUCAAAAAUUUAAAUCUUUCCUGGUAACUUGUACAAAGAUAACUGUGGGAGUAUUUUAAAGUUAUGUCAUAGUUACUGUAGAAACCAAAAUGUCUUUUCUGUAAAGAAAUUCUUACUCACCAGGCAAAUAUUCCUGUUCUUAAUCCCCUUCCCUCCUGGUUUCCUCAAAAAAAAAAAAGCAGAAAAACAACUGAAGCCCUAUUCACGUCUGUGAAGGACUGAUGGAGAUUCUCAUCUUUUAAGAACUAAUGAGAAUAGAAUGAAAAAAAGUGUCUGACUUUUUUCAGACUAGGUCCAGAAGGAGAGGCUGACUGUUUCAAUGGAUCGGGUUUUUUUUUCAGUUUUCCAGAAAGUAUAGAUUUUUAAUAAGACUAACAAACCUAAGGAUUUAUGAGUUUUUUGGUAUCUCCCUUGUGGUAGAGAGGACAGAGAAAUUUACUUUCACAUGAUAAAAAUUAAGUGUCCUGUUGAUUUCUGUUGGCAUCUUAUUUUGAUCCAGAAGCAGCAAAUUGGUAUUUUAUUAUCUCAUCAAAUAGUCUUCUACCAUUACUACUGUUAGUUUCUUUCCUCUUACAAAUGAGUAACACUAGAUUCAGGCCCUGAUCUAAUAUAGUCCUGCUUUUGAUAAAUUGGGCAAUUAUUGGUAUGAACCUAUUGAAAUGAGGAAUUUGAAUCAAUAUUUGCAUGAGAACUGUUUGCCUUCCCUAUUUGCAGUUUGUUUUUUUCUUACGUAGGUUAUGAGGGAUGACAUGCCCGUGUAUUUGAAUUAGAAGUUGGAAAUACGCAUUUUCAGAAACUUUUGUUUAAAUAAGGGAAUUCUGAGACUGUAUGCAAGUCUUAAGUAAUGAGAAAAUGAUUUUUUGGUUAGA